CUCAGAGCUACCGUGAGCCUAGAGAUGAGUAGCAAAGCACUUUUCUUUGCAGGGUCAGAUGACGAAACAGACCCUCUUCCGGCCGACAAUGCGGCUCCAGAAUCAAGCGCGUCUCGGCCAAGUACACCUUCGGAAUCUCGCUCGCGGUCGCCGACUACAGCUACCGUCCCGGAGAAGAGGUUAUUUCUGGUAGACAGCGAUGAAGAAGACGCAUCUCACUCUUUGGGACAUGCACCGGGAAGAUUCAGACUCCCUGACGCCCAGGCUAAUCACGAUUCAAGUGAUAUUGAAUUACCUUGCUUGGAAGAGCUGCCCCGGACGUCCAGUGUUAGCAGUAUAUCCUCGGAACUCUCUAGCACAAGGUUAUCUCCUAUCGCGUCCUCAUCCCGACCACCACCUCUCAAAAAGCAGCGGCUAGCCUCUCCCAAGAAUUUCCGUCAUCCGCCCAAUAUGGAGGACGCAUAUAUUGGUUGCAUCGUAUGCAACGCUUGGAGCACCGCAAAGGGGAAGGGAUACAUCAAUCCAGGAGAUGAAGUUUUAAUUGAACGUGAUGCCCUUGAAGACAGGACCGGGCAUGUCAAGGGCCGAAAUAAAGAGGCAGAGAAUAAAGGAAAGAAAAAGCAACUUACACUCAAAGCUAUGAUGAACCCUCAGCCGUUCAACUUCGCAAAGCGUAAGAUAGACGCAGUCAUCCGAUUGACAAACAAGGCUGGCUUCGAGUUUGGCAGACUUCCGCAAGAUCUAUCUGUGUGGAUUUCAAGGCUACUCGAUCUAGAUAUGAUUACCUUCAAGGGCAGCACCAUGAUCGACUGUCCGACAGUGCUUCAUUCGGGUGCGGACGUUGUUGUAUCGCUGUCGGUUUAUAUUCGCGCAUCCGCAUUUAAAUCUCCAAGUACCUCGGGAAUGGAAACGGGCAAAAUGUCUGGGCUUGGGCAAGAAACGGAGGAGGAAACUGUUCUCAGGGGACGAAAGACUGCACUUCUGACUUUGUUCGACGCUCUCAACCUCCGACCACGACGUGGCGCUCAAACUUACCAGGAUCGCAAUGUCUCGAACAGUACGUCCGACAGCCGGUCGGAGCGUUCCAGCGGAAAAAAGAAAGUAAAAACAGAAAUUGUGGGUGACGGAGAGGAGGUGGAAGUGGAGGAUGGCGAGGAGCUUUCCGACGAUGAUCUCCAACUAAUUUAUCGAAAAGCGCAGCGAAAUGAUCGAGCGCUAGCAGAAAUGGACCCUCCAUCUACGUUUACCCUCACGUUGAGGGGAUACCAAAAGCAGGCAUUGAUGUGGAUGCGUUCCAUGGAAUCAGGUGAAAAAUCUGCAAGGGAUGCAACUUGCAUGCAUCCUCUAUGGACCGAGUAUGCAUUCCCUGCCGAACCGCGGGAUGGUGUUAUCGACUUGACCGCAGACGAGAAACCUUUCUACUUCAAUCCCUACUCCGGGGAAUUGAGCUUGGAAUUCCCUAAGUCUGAGCUAAAACUCAAAGGAGGAAUCCUCGCUGAUGAGAUGGGAAUGGGGAAAACAAUCAUGCUUUCCGCUCUAAUCCACGCAAACAAAGACCCUGAGCCAGUCCGCCCGGAGGACGAGGGUAAGAAAGCCCGUCAACUGAAGCUUGGCAGCACAUUCAGACCAGUUCUUAAUGGUCAACGGCUACAAUCGAAGUUCGGCUCGUCCGCCACCCUUGUUGUCGCACCAACGUCACUCCUUGCACAGUGGUCUGAAGAGCUGCUACGUUCCAGCGUUCCGGGGACGAUACGGGUGACGGUUUGGCAUGGACAGAAUAGACUAGACUUGGAUGCUUUACACGACUACGACGGAGACCAGAAGAGUAUCCCGGUGGUUAUAACUUCAUACGGCGUGCUGGCUUCUGAACAUGCAAAAUUUCAGAAAUCAAAUGGGCAAUCAUCUAUCUUUCAAAUCGAAUGGCUAAGGGUCAUUCUGGACGAAGCCCAUCAUUGUAAAUCUCGGACGAGUAAAACUGCCCGGGCAGUCUAUGCACUUCAAGCCAGGCGGAGAUGGGCAGUUACUGGGACACCGAUUGUGAAUAAGCUUGAGGAUCUCUAUUCUCUUCUAAAGUUCCUGAAUUUUAUCCCUUGGUCUUCACAUUCAUUUUUCCGCUCGUUUAUCACGGUGCCUUUCCUCGCCCGCGACCCAAAGGCAAUUGAAAUUGUCCAGGUCAUCCUGGAGAGUGUCCUUUUGCGACGAGAAAAGAGCAUGCGAGACAGCAAUGGUAACCGUAUUGUUGAACUUCCAGCGAAGGAGGUUUUGAUUGAGAAGUUACAAUUUACCCCUGCCGAGCGGAUAAUCUACGACUCCAUAUAUAAUACUGCCAAGCGCAACUUCGACCAGUUGAAUGCGAAGGGCUUAGUUGGCAAGAACUACACUCAUGUCCUUGCUAUGCUUAUGCGUCUACGCCGUGCCGUACUGCACCCGGACUUGGUUGUAAACUCGGACAAUGGUAGCCAAGAUCCUAGUUCGAAGCCCAGCGCAAUCGACCUUGAUAUGUUGAUUUCGGAUAUAUCAAAGGAUUCUAAUGGUGAAGGGGGCUCGAAAACUGCGUUUGCAGAGAACGUCCUUGCCAACUUGGCCAACGCAUCUGAAGUCGAAUGUCCAAUCUGUCUCGAUGUAGUGGAAAGCCCCUUGAUUAUCCCACGGUGUAUGCAUCAAUGCUGUAGGGAUUGUAUUGUCGCUCAUCUUACUGCCUGCUCGGAGCGAGGUGAAGAGGGUCGGUGCCCUACGUGUUCGCAGGGACCAGUUAAGGAAAUCGAGCUGAUGGAGGUGAUUCGUUCAAAAGGCCUGCCAGGAGAAGAACAGUCGCCCUUCGUUAGCACGAGCAAGGAGCUGGCUGGCGUAUCGCUACGGCGCAACGACUUCCGUUCCUCUGCUAAGCUGGAUGCUCUCUUACAAAACUUACGGCGGUUGCAAGAUCAGGACCCCUAUUUCCGAGCAAUCGUUUUCUCUCAAUUUACUUCGUUCCUCUCACUCAUCUCCGCUGCACUCGACCGCGAACACCUAACAUGGUAUAGGUUUGAUGGCUCUAUGGACAUGAAGAAACGGAAUGCUGCGAUCACAGAGUUUAAACAAAAUGAGCGUAAACCAAAGAUAUUGCUCAUCAGUCUAAAAGCCGGCGGAGUUGGAUUGAAUUUGACAACUGCUAACCAUGUGUUUAUGAUGGACUGUUGGUGGAAUACGGCGACAGAACAUCAAGCCAUUGAUCGUGUCCAUCGAUUGGGUCAAGAGAAGACCGUCUACGUGAAGCACUUCAUCGUGGAAGACACCAUCGAAGGUCGAAUUUUGCAGAUACAGAAACGUAAAACUGCAAUUAUCAAGGAGGCAUUCCGAGGCACACAACAGUCUGGGAAAGGUGACCCGGAGAGCAUCGAGAACCUCAAGGUCAUCUUUGGCGACGAUUAGCUCCAAAAGCACCUGUUGUAAUAUGUUGUAAUAUACCUGUACUACUAGAUCCGCAAAUAUGUUAGCAACCAGGAGAUGCAAGU